AACAUAAUGUACACUGUAAUGUAUUAUAAUAAUGGAAGUAGCCUUUUCUGCUUGCUCCUAUAUAAAUGUUCCACUUGGUGCAUCUUCUUGUUAUCAGGGCACUUACCAAAUUAGCAGCAUAAACAUUCCCAAGAGAAAUAGAGAGAGAAAAAAAAGAAGAAAGAAAUGGAGCUCAGUGAGCAUAGUUUCUUAGAGGAGCUUUUAGCUCUAAGAAGAGACAGUACAUGGGAAACCAUUCCAACAGAAAUGAAUGAGUUCUUGUCCAGUAGUGGCAGUUGGGGUAAUUUUGGUUACCUUGAUCAAAACCCUCCAACUUUCUUCCCAAACUCUUCUUGCACCCAAGAAUUCUCACCUCCAUUUGAGCCAAACUUAAGCAACUGCUACAACAACAACAACAGCACCUUCAAUGAAGUCUACUAUCCCUUAGGCUUUGGUGCUGGUGAAGAUGGCCUCUCAGCUCAACAGCAGCUCACUGACUCAUCCUACAACACACUCGAUACGCCGCCGUUUCCGGUCCAAGAAGACAAUCCAUGGUCCAUGCUUGAAGAAGAAGAGUUGGGUUUGCUUGGGGAUGAAAUACACAACUUGGAGACCCAAGCUGAAGCAGCCUGCAAAAUGGAGCCAAUUCAGUCCCCUGAUCAAGUCCCAGUUUUCAACAUGGGGAUGUGCGAGGAGAGAAAUAACAGAGGUAAUAGCAAGAAGUUGCAGGGACAGCCUUCAAAGAAUCUAAUGGCUGAGAGAAGAAGAAGAAAGAGAUUAAACGACCGCCUUUCGAUGCUAAGAUCAAUUGUGCCCAAGAUAAGUAAGAUGGACAGAACAUCUAUACUUGGAGACACCAUAGAUUACAUGAAGGAGCUCCUGGAGAGAAUCAACAAUUUGCAACAAGAAAUUGAAACAGAUGCAGAUCAGUUAAAUGUGAUGAGCCUUUUCAAGGAUGUGAAACCAAAUGAAAUGUUAGUGAGAAACUCACCAAAGUUUGAUGUGCAAAGGAGGAAUGUGGACACCAGAAUUGACAUUUGCUGUGCAGGAAAGCCAGGGCUGUUAUUAUCUACUGUGUCUACCUUGGAAGCAUUAGGUCUUGAGAUUCAACAGUGUGUUAUUAGUUGCUUCAAUGAUUUUGCAAUGCAAGCUUCUUGCUCAGAGGAUUUUGAUCAGAGAACAACAGUAACUUCUGAAGACAUAAAGCAAGCACUGUUUAGAAAUGCAGGAUAUGGAGGAAGAUGUUUGUAAUUGCAAGAACAAAUGGGAUAAGGGAAAGUAAGAUGAACUCUGUGAUAAAGUUUUUGAGGAGAUGGCUUCUUUUUUCUUUUUCUUUUCUUUCCCAAAUCUUGGAUUUUCAAUGAGGGUUGCAAUUGAGAAGUUGUAAUUGUCUUUAUUUAAUCAAUAAUUUUCAUGGAGUACAGUUUUCUUCAGUAGGAGAUGUGAAUUUAUGUACAAUGUAUUUUGUA